AUGAUUUUUCCCUGGGUUUACUCUUUGGAAGUAGAAAUUUCUUAUCGUGAAGCAGCAAUGGCCUUUCCUUCACCAACUUCCGUAUCGUGGAGUUGGCCAUUACAAAUUAUGCCUUUUAGAAAUGAACCAAGAAUGAGGCCAAUUAAUACUCCAAAAAAUAAUUUACUUGUGAAUCUGAAAACAAUGGAUGGGGGAGAACAAGUACCAGCCGACAUCUUAAAAAGAAAAUGCGUACUAAUAAGAGUACGUUUUAUUACUGAGAUCGCAAUGCGCCUAUUUGCCAGAAAACAUAUCUCAAUAUGUUGGGAAUUGGCCGCACCUAUUUGGAAAAUGUCAGAAAUCAUCUGGCAACGAAUGGUCUAUCGUGAUUUUAUUGCAGGUCUUGAAAACAAUAGCACGUUGAAAUCAUUGAAAUAUGAUGCAUUCCGCAAGUUAUGGUACCAAUUAACGCCUUAUGUUCAAAUUAUGAGUCCAAGAACGGAUUUAUGCGAUGCGAUACUUGUCAACGUUUUCGGAACGGCUUACAGUACAAUUCUCGCAAGGAAGAGGAAGCAAAAGAUUUACUGA